UCAAGUCAACCAAGCAGGCUCAUCCCCUGCCCAUGUUUUUCUCUCCUCCUUCCUCCUCCUAAUUCCCACUUUCCAAACUAAAUUAAUCGCCCAACUUUCCCGGACGCCGGCCGUUCGUUCAUCCCAAUAUAUAGCCAUGGGCUCUCUGGGGGGCGCCACCUCCGAUCUCCGUUCGCCCCUCCUCCUCCCGUCGGAGAGGCGGCUGGGGAUCGACGAAGUGCUGAGGCAGCACGCAGGGGAGUUCGGGCGGUGGCAGCUGCGCCACUUCGUGCUGGUAUCCGCGGCGUGGGCGCUCGAGGCCUUCCACACCAUGGUCAUGAUCUUCGCCGACCGCGAGACGUCCGAGGAGCCUCGGCAAUGGGACUGGCUCGGAGGUGGCGCCGCCUCCACCGUCGCGGAGUGGGGAUUGGUCGGCGAGCAGCGUUACAAGAUUGGCCUUGUUCAAUCCGCCUUUUUUCUCGGCUGCAUGAUCGGGUCGGGAGUGUUCGGCCAUCUCUCUGACUCCUUCCUCGGAAGGAAAGGCUCCCUCAUAGUCGUCUGCAUCCUCAACGCCAUCUUCGGCUUUCUCACCUCCAUCUCGCCAGCUUACUGGUUCUACCUCGCUCUGCGCUUCCUCACCGGAUUCAGCACCGGCGGCGUCGGCCUCUGCGCCUUCGUCCUCGCCACAGAGCCCAUCGGCCCCUCCAAGCGAGGCGUAGCCGGCAUGUCCACCUUCUACUUCUUCUCCGCCGGCAUUGCCCUCCUUGCAGCCAUUGCCUACCUCUUCGACUCUUGGCGCUUACUCUACGUGGUAACUUCCCUCCCCUCCCUCCUCUUCGUCCUCAUGAUCCUCCCGUUCGUCUCCGAGUCCCCUCGCUGGUACCUUGUCCGUCGGAAAACGCCCGAGGCCAUGGCCGUCAUGCAUAGCAUCGCCAAGAAGAACGGGGAGCACAUUCCGCCGGGCGUCGUGGUUGUACUCGACGGCGAGCAUGAAGAACAUAAAGAAGAUAAUCAAGUUGCAGAAAUAAAAAAUAACGGGAAUGUUGCGGUGGCGGCCGCCUCCAUCAUCGACGUCGUUCGCUCACCCACGACGAGAGUCCGCCUCGUCUUGAUGGUGGCGAUCAACUUCCUCAGCUCCGUCGUGUACUAUGGCCUCAACCUCAAUGUCGUCAACCUGGAGACCAACAUCUACCUCAGCGUACUCCUGAAUGCCGUCGCCGAGAUGCCUGCUUACUUGCUCACCGCCGUGUUGCUCGACCGGUUCGGGAGAAGGCCGCUCGCUAUCGGCACCCUGUGGCUCAGCGGCGUGUUCUGCGUCAUGGGCAGCCUAGCAAGCGGCGUCGCGGCAAUGAAGGAAGUGAGGAUGGCCUGCGGAGUCAUCGGAAUCUUCGGGAUGGCGGCCACGUAUAACUUGUUGUUCAUUUACACGGCAGAGCUUUUUCCGACAGUGGUGCGGAACGCGGCGCUAGGGUGCGCGUCGCAAGCGUCGCAGAUGGGGGCAAUCGCGGCGCCCCUGGUGGUGGUGUUGGGUGGUCCACUGCCUUUCGCGGUGUUCGGUCUCUGCGGAAUGGUGGGUGGGUUUCUGGCAUUCUUGCUGCCGGAGACGAUGAAUCGUCCACUGUAUGAUACGAUGGCCAGAUUGGAGGAAGGAGAGCGAUACUGAUGACGAACUCACCUUCGCCUCUUUAUUUCCUUCAAGUUUUCAACUUCUUUAAAUUUGUUUUAAGAUUUGCUUAGACUCCUAUUUUGUUCCUCUCAAACAACUAGGUAAAAAUUAAA